AUGUCCCGCCAGUCCGCCUGCAGGAGCUUUGGGAUGGGAGGCAGGAAAGGCUUCAGCUCCUGCUCCGCCAUCGGGGGAGGAUUCGGGGGCGGCGGCGGCCACAGCAGGAUCAGCUACAGCUCCUACUCCUCGUGAGGAGGAGGAGGAGGAGGAGGGCACUGCGGGGGCUUCAGCAGCAGGAGCCUGCACAGCAUGGGGGGCGGCCGGAGGGUGGCCAGUGGGGGCUGCUAUGGGGGCGGCUACGGGGGCCGGAUGGGCGGCUUUGGCGGUGGGAUGGGCAUGGGGGGCCUGGGCGGAGGCAUGGGGGGCUUUGGCGGUGGCGUGGGGGGCGGUGGUGGAGGCAUGGGGGGCUUUGGUGGCGGUAUAGGCGGUGGGAUGGGCGGUGGGAUGGGCGGCUUCGGCGGCGCCGGCUUCCCCGGCGGGAUCCAGCCGGUGCAGGUCGACCCCAGCCUGCUCCGGCCCGUGCACGUGGAGAUCGACCCCCAGAUCCAGCAGGUGAAAACCCAGGAGAAGGAGCAGAUCAAGACCCUCAACAACCAGUUCGCCUCCUUCAUCGACAAGGUGCGGUUCCUGGAGCAGCAGAACAAGGUCCUGUCCACCAAGUGGGAGCUGCUGCAGCAGCAGGGGCCGUCGGGGCCGAGGAAGGACCUGACGGUGAUCUUUGAGAGCUACAUCCAGAACCUGAGGAGGCGGCUGGAGAACCUGCUGGGGCAGCGGGGGCAGCUGGAGUCGGAGCUGCAGAACAUGCGGCAGUACGUGGAGGAGUUCAAGAGCAAGUACGAGGAGGAGAUCAACCGGCGCACGGCGGCCGAGAACGAGUUCGUGGUGCUGAAGAAGGACGUGGACUGUGCCUACAUGACCAAGGUGGAGCUGGAGGCCAAGGUGGGAGCUCUGACGGACGAGAUCAACUUCCUGAGGGCCAUCUACGAGGAGGAGCUGUCCCAGAUGCAGAGCAUCAGCAGGGACCUGUCCGUGGUGGUGUCCAUGGACAACAACCGGCACCUGGACCUGGACAGCAUCAUCGAGGAGGUCCGGCGCCAGUACGAGCAGAUCGCCCAGAGCAGCCGGGCCGAGGCCGAGGCCUGGUACCAGAGCAGGUACGAGGAGCUGCAGAACACGGCGGGGAAACACGGGGACAGCCUGAGGAACACCAAGAUGGAGAUCCAGGAGCUCACCAGGAACGUGCAGAGGCUGCGGGCGGAGAUCGAGAACGUCAAGAAGCAGAACCAGCAGCUCCAGUCGGCCAUCGCCGAGGCCGAGGAGAGGGGCGAGAUGGCCCUCAAGGACGCCCGCAGGAAGCUGGAGGAGCUGGAGUGCGCCCUGAGCAAGGACAAGGAGGAGCUGGCCCGGCUGCUGAAGGAGUACCAGGAGCUGCUCAACACCAAGAUCGCGCUGGACGUGGAGAUCGCCAUGUACAGGAAGCUGCUGGAGGGGGAGGAGAACAGGCUCUGCAACGACAGCAUGUCCAACGUCAACGUCUCCGUGGUGGGCAGGACCAGCAUCUCCGGAGGCAGAGGCGGCGGGAUCGGAGGAGGAUUCGGCGGCAGCGAGAUGGGAGGAGGAGGAGGAGGAUUCGGAGGCAGCUGCGGGAUGGGGGGAGGAGGAUUCGGAGGCAGCGGGAUGGGAGGAGGAGGAUUCGGCGGCGGCAGCUGCGGGCUGGGCGGGGGGAUGCACGGCGGGGGCUUCUCCUCGGGCAGCGGGAGGAUGUGCGGCUCCGCCGGGGGCUCGUCCUCGGUGCGGAGAUGCGUCACCACCUCGGUGAAGUCCUCGGGGGUGCGGUUCUGA